AUGUUUAUUCUAGGCCCAACGGAAGGAAAUCCGCAGUUGAGACAUACUUUGGCAGACAUACGAAACCAUCACAUUGCCGGUCAAGGUUCAGUAGGUCAACAAGAUGGCUCAAAUGAUGAGUAUCCCUUAGAAAACUUUAACAUCUUGGGCGACCUCGAUGGUAAUAUCUUCGACGAUCUUAACAUACCCGACGACGUUGUUGUUAACAUCGAAGAUAUUAACAUCGACGAUGUUGUUAACAUCCCCGACGAUGCUAACAUUCCUGACGACUUCGAAGUAUUUUGCCACCAAUGAAAACUGUCUGCACGUAGUAUAUUGAAACUAUUUAUCUCGCCUAUUUAUCACCUCUCUCUCCCUCCGUUUAUAAGUUUUAUAGUGGAAAAAAGAAAACUUGGCCAUAAGAAUUAACCUUCUUUUUUGCCUUGUAUGAAUUAUCUAAGGGUUUCAUAUAAAAAGAUUUUCUAUUGGAGCUUUGAGCGCAUUUAACGAAUAUUUGCAUUUCUUGACAAAAUUUCAAAA